AUGGACAACAACAGAUCCAAACCCUCACAGAGACCUGAAGGGAAACCGGAUGGUACCUCACUAGUGACGAGAACCGCGAAUCCGGGUUUGUCUACCAAACACCCAUUACGGGUCCAACAAACACAACAGGGGAGCGGUACCACGAAGUUGGGACCGCCCUCCUUCACUAGCGGAGGCAAGGCAGCGAAGUCGACCUUGACCUCAGCAAACACACACACACUCGGGGGUGGUGCCGCCAAGGUGGCGCCACCACACACAAAGCGCAGGUCCGUGGGUGGCCGAGGGGAAACCGGGAAACCGGAGGAACCGAGGCCGUCCACGUCGACGGCACCUUCAACAGGCUCAGUGCCACCUCAGGGAGGCACUAAGCCAGAGGGUGCUAUCCUCGAUACUGACAGGGCACUGGGGCAACCCGGAACCCGGUCGGCAGGAGAGGUGGCUGCCCUAAAGCGCUUUGACGAGGCGUGGACCCUGGUCGACCGCCGACAAACCAAGGGGAAACCCGGCAAGUCGGCGGGACGCGCAGGUGGUACAGGGUCCUCCCAACCAGGGAGCGAACCUAAGCCCCAGGACAUGAGCAGGAGGCAACGCCAACGUCAGAGGAAGUGUGCAUCGGAGGCGGGACCCAAGCGCGCUAUAACAACCCACGCCGAAGAACCCAAAACCAAGGGGUCCGUCAAGUUCGCGAAGGGGGCGGCAGGUGGCCAGGGUAACCAGGUACCGGCUAAAAGGGCUCGCCUCGACGAGUCUCAGUCGCCGAGGGGUGGUCCCAAAAAGCCGAGGCUGGCUGAUGGAACCCAUGUCCCCUAUUCAGCGGCAGUGCAGUCGGACUUACUGGUUGCGGUGACAACUGUGACCGGAGAGCACCUGACUGCACAGACCGCAUAUGAAGUACAGGUCCUUCUACAAGAGCGCCUCCUCAAGGAUCUUAUAGAAGCGACCGAUGACGAACCGGUGAAACCUGUUUUUCAGGGUAAACCGAUAUACGCCGACGGAGCUCUGAAACUGUGGUGUGAGAACCACGAACCGUGGGGUACCUCACACGUGUAG